AUGCCUAACCGUUGUGUUGCCUAUGGAUGCAGCAACACCAGUUCCAAAAGUAUAAGUGUCUUUCACUUCCCUAAGAAUGAUGCUCUAAGAAAAAAGUGGACUGAACAAGUCAAAAGGACUAGAGCUGAAUGGAAGGGACCAACUAGGAACUCAGUCUUUUGCUCAGAACACUUCACUCAAGAUUGCUUUGAAGUUGGAAAAAGGAUGUGCAAAAGCUUUGGAUUGGAGACAACAGCCAAAUUGAAGAAAGAUGCUGUUCCUACCUCUUUUAAAAGGAAACUAACAGAAGCUCUAGAACCAGCUGCAAAAAAACCUGCUUAUGAGAAGAGAGAAAGGCUAAGGGUAAAUGAUUCAAUGUAA